GAGCUGGCGGAUGGGGAAUUCCUGAGGAUGGGCCCCAGGGGGCUGAGCUCCUGGGGAAGCGGUGCGAAUGCCAGGGACCCACUCUGUAUCUUGGUCACCUAAGCCUCACCAAAUAGCCUUUCCCAGGAAGAGAUCUUUAGGCUGCUGGACUGGGGCACCAGCCCAGAAGGGGAAACUGAGGCAAGCCUCCCCUCCCAAGGGGGUCGUUGCAACAUGACACCCAAGGGAGCCGCAUUGGCAGCUCUGGCUCCGCCUACUGUUCCUGGGUGCUAAUCCCCAGCACAGACCACUAAGGAGAGGGGAUUGGCUGAGCAGCUUGAAAAGGGGGCGUCGCCACUAUGCCCAAGGGUUAAAAUAGGGGCUCAGUCAAGCAGGCAAGAUGCUCCGGAGAAGCGCGCUUUCGCGGUUUCCCGAGGGAGACCAUGGCCCAGACCCUCAAGCUCGCUUCCAGAGUGUUCCACCGUAUCCGCUGUGCUGCUGGUCUGGAUGCCACACUGGGCUCCAAAGGCUCCAAAUCAGCGCCGCGAGACUUGGCAGACAUCCCGGGCCCCUCCACGCCCGGCUUCCUUGCCGAACUUUUCUGCAAGGGGGGGCUGUCACGGUUACACGAGCUGCAGGUGCAGGGCGCGGCGCGCUUCGGGCCAGUGUGGUUGGCCAGCUUCGGGACGGUGCGCACGGUGUACGUGGCGGCCCCUACGCUCGUGGAGCAGCUGCUACGACAGGAAGGACCCCUACCCGAGCGCUGCAGCUUCUCACCCUGGGCGGAGCACCGCCGCCGCCGCCAGCGGGCUUGCGGACUGCUCACCGCGGAAGGCGAAGAAUGGCAGAGACUCCGCAGCCUUCUGGCCCCGCUCCUCCUUCGGCCUCAAGCGGCCGCCCGCUAUGCAGAGACCCUGCACAACGUGGUCUGUGACCUUGUGCGGCGACUGCGGCGCCAGCGGGGACUGGGCGCUGGGCCGCCUGCCCUGGUUCGGGACGUAGCUGGAGAGUUUUACAAGUUUGGACUAGAAGGCAUUGCGGCAGUGCUGCUGGGUUCCCGCCUGGGCUGCCUGGAGGCCGAGGUGCCACCAGAUACAGAGACGUUCAUCCGCGCGGUGGGGUCCGUGUUUGUGUCCACGCUGUUGACCAUGGCGAUGCCCAAUUGGCUACAUCGCUUCGUGCCCGGACCCUGGGGCCGCCUCUGCCGAGACUGGGACCAAAUGUUUGCAUUUGCCCAGCACCACGUGGAGCGGCGAGAGGCCGAGGUAGCCAUGAAGAGGCAGGGAAAGCCUGAGGAAGACAGGGGAUCUGGGGCACACCUGACCUACUUCCUGUUCCAGGAAGAGUUGCCUGCCGAGUCCAUCCUGGGGAAUGUGACGGAGCUGCUACUGGCUGGAGUGGACACGGUGUCCAACACGCUCUCCUGGGCUUUGUAUGAACUCUCUCGGCACCCGGAAGUCCAGACGGCACUUCACUCUGAGAUUAUAGCUGCCUUGGGCCCUGGCCCCAGUACCCACCCCUCAGCCACUGCUCUGUCCCAGCUGCCCCUGCUGAAGGCUGUGGUCAAGGAAGUGCUAAGACUAUACCCUGUGGUACCUGGAAAUUCCCGUGUCCCAGACAAAGACAUUUGUGUGGGUGACUAUGUUAUCCCCAAAAAUACGCUGGUCACUCUGUGUCACUAUGCCACUUCAAGGGACCCUGCCCAGUUCCCAGAGCCAAAUUCUUUCCGUCCAGCUCGCUGGCUGGAGAAGGGGACAGCCCCUCAUCCAUUUGCAUCUCUCCCCUUUGGCUUUGGCAAGCGCAGCUGCAUGGGGAGACGCCUGGCAGAGCUUGAGCUACAAAUGGCUUUGGCCCAGAUCUUGAUCCACUUUGAGGUGCAGCCUGAGCCAGGUGCUGCCCCAGUCAAACCCAUGACUCGGACUGUCCUGGUACCUGAGAGGAGCAUCAACCUACAGUUUGUGGACAGAUAGUCUUGUGGAAGGAGGCUGUCAUUAUCACUGUUUCUUUCAUCAUAGGGGUUUAUUAGGCACAAGACCAAAAGAUGUGUAUUACCCCUGAGGCCUGUCUGUCUGACCCAACUGGUUAGAAUGACCAUAGCAAAGUGCUAAGAAGCAGCCUGACCAAGGCGUCAAGCACGCACUGGGCCUGAACCAGCAGGCCCAGAGAAAACCAUGGUCCAUUUGCCUGCUUAGCCCUUCUGGUCAUAUCAUGGGUUUCCUCCAAGGGCCAGCUCAUAUUUUAACUAAUAAUGCUGGGUGGCCUGAGGAAGAAUUCAGCCACUGCCCCUUCAGGAAUUCGGUGUUCAACUGCUGCUGCUGGCUAAGCCCUGGUCAUGGCAUGAGCUAAGUAACUGCAUUGGGUCUGCAGCUAGUUGAUCCUCACUUCUGGCAUGUGAGCUCUUUGAGAGGAAGGAUGAAGACUUAUUAUGUCUUAUAUCCGCUGCCAGCACCUCUCCCUGACUGGGUGACACCAUACAAGUUCUCAGAUUGUAUGUGGACCAUGUGGCAGAAGGGAUAAGCAGCUUACCAGGCUCUGUCUUCCCCACUCCCUUCCCAUCUUGCCCCUAGGAAGGUGAGUCUACCCCUGCCUGCUUUAUGAUUUCUUAAAAACUCUCCUUGGCUCUCUGGUCACUAUGAGGUUGGCUUGCCCCACUUGAGUCCUAAGCAGAGACAUCUUUGGAUCUGUCCCUGCCCAAGCCUUCUUUUUAUGUAUUGAAGUUUUUAAGUAUUCAAUUUUUACAUUAAAAAUAGUUUGAAUGUUCCA